UAAAAAAGUAACAUAAUGGUCAACAAUUUUUAGAUGAAAUCUAAGACAAGUUUGAUGUCUAAAAAGAGCUAAAAAUGGAAAAUUUUCAAUCAAUAUAUUCAAUUAAAGGAUUAAUUACGAAUGAACAAAGAACAAUAGCCUAAUUAGAAUUACAAAAAAUACGAAAAUGUCAUUCUUGCGUGGUUCAGAGAAUUACGUGUGGAGCACGACCAGUGUCCUCGGGAAAGGAGCGACAGGUGCUGUAUUCCAAGGGGUUAACAAGAACAACGGAGAACCUGUGGCUGUGAAAACCUUCAACCAACUCAGCCACAUGAGACCUCAUGAUGUACAGAUGCGAGAGUUUGAAGUUUUAAAAAAAGUUAAACAUGAGAACAUAGUUAAACUGCUCGCAAUUGAGGAGGAACAAGAAGGACGGGGUAAAGUAAUUGUGAUGGAGCUUUGCACGGGUGGCAGUCUAUUUAAUAUUUUAGAUGACCCUGAAAACACAUAUGGUCUUCAAGAGUAUGAGUUUCUCCUGGUCUUAGAGCACCUGACGGCUGGUAUGAAACAUUUAAGAGAUAACAAUCUAGUACAUAGAGAUCUUAAGCCUGGGAACAUCAUGAAGUAUAUUAAUGAGGAUGGUACUACAACAUACAAGCUCACAGACUUUGGAGCAGCAAGGGAGUUACAAGAGGAGGAGCAGUUUGUAUCGCUAUAUGGCACAGAGGAGUAUUUACACCCAGACAUGUAUGAAAGGGCUGUCUUAAGGAAACCUGUGGGAAAAAGUUUUGGUGCUACAGUGGACCUUUGGUCAAUAGGUGUGACAUUAUACCAUGUGGCUACAGGACAACUACCCUUUAGGCCAUAUGGAGGAAGACGAAAUAAAGAAACUAUGUUUUAUAUCACAACUAAGAAGGCUUCUGGUGUCAUAUCUGGGACACAAACAACUGAGAAUGGUCCUAUUGAUUGGGCAAGAGAACUUCCACCACAUUGCCAACUCAGUGUUGGCCUUCGCAAGUUAGUUACACCUCUCUUGGCUGGAUUGUUGGAGGUGGAUCCUCACAGGAUAUGGACAUUUGAAAGGUUCUUCUCUGAAGUGCAAGUUGUGACCUCCACUAAGCCUGUCCAUGUGUUUUAUGUUAAUAAAGCCACAAGUAUAAAGGUAUUUUUAAAACUGGAGGAGAAAUACGAACAUCUCCAGACUUACGUUUGCGAACAGACGAGCGUCGUGGCAGAGUCUCAGAUCUUACUGUACAAAGAUUGGCUGCUCACCUCCGAAGUCAACGAGAACACGCCCGGGAAGAACUACCCCGACACGAGCGCCGACGAGCCGCUCCUGCUCUUCAACAAGAACAACAACAACGUCAGCAUGCCGGCCGAGCCCGACCCGCCCAAGUUCCCCGUGUUCCCCAACAUGGUCUCCGUAGAGAACGACGCCAGUCAGGCCAAGACGGCGUGCAGCGUCGGGCACGUGAUGCGGCGCCGCGUGGAGGCCCUGUGUGCCGCCUCCGAGCUCUGCGGAGCCUGCGUGCGGCGCUGGGGCGCUCUGCUGGCCGCCCGCCUCCGCGCCGUGGCCGCCCGCGCCGAGCACCUGCACGCCAGGCGUCAGGCCGGCCUGCACAUUGGCGCUCCGCGCGCUGUGUAUGCUGGCGGGCGGCGCGCGGGCGGGGGGCGCGGGGGCGGCGCGCUGGCCGCCGAGACGGCGCGCUGCACGCGGGGGCGCGCGCUGGUGCGCCGGCACGCGGGGGGCGGCUGGGCGGCGGCGUUAUACGUGGAAGCGGGGGUGGCGGGGGCGGCGUGCCCGGCGGAGCUGCGGCUGGCGCAGCGGGCGCGCGCGCUGGUGGAGCGGCUGCGGGACUCGUGGCAGCACCUGGUGCGGGACCGCGCCACGCGCUCGCUCACCUACAACGACGAGCAGUUCCACGUGCUGGAGCGCAUCACGGUGGCGGAGACGGGGCGCCGCCUGCGGGCGCUGCUGCUCCGGGCGGCGCCGCUCGCGAGGGCGAGGGCCGACGCUAUAGCCGACUGGUACAAGGUGGCGCAGACAGUCUACCUGCAGACGCAGAUCUUGGACAAGGACGUCUCCGCAGCCGAAAUUAAGCUGGUCGCGUUGACGGAGAGGUUGCAAGAUGCCGAAUUGAAGAUUCGCGACGCCGUCAGUGAAGCGAAAAAUGCAUCAAAAACUUCUGCAGCGGUGAAGAUUGAAGCCAGCGCUGAGGGCGGAGUCCCAGGGCUCCGCGCGCUGGACGCGGCGCACGACGAGCUCGGCGCGGUCCUCCGCCACAACUCCACGCUGCUCGCGCGCCUAACCGCCCUCACGCACCACCUGCAGCCCUAGCACUCCGCCCCCGCCCUCUGCACUCCUGGGUCUCCACAUCGAGUCAACCUCUCUGAGGAACUUCGUCAGCAAUUCGAAUCCAUCCAGCUCCCUUGCAUCAGCGAUGUCGACGAUGAGAACGGGGAGAGUCUCUCUGUGCACUGCAGUACACCAUCCCCCGUAGCACAGAAUGUAAUUCUGAGCAGCACACGCCCUGCUUGUGAAACGGGGUCGGGUGUGAGCGGGGGCGGGGGCGGCGGGGCGCGGGGCGGGGGCGGGGCGGGCAACAAGGCCAGUUGUUCCGUCGCGUAGACUUGGAGCCGCCCUCUGUACUCGACUGACCUCCCGAUCAAAUUUUAAUUGUAUUAUUCAUAUGAAGACUGAAAAUGUGUUCCUUGACUAAACGUUCCUUAGUCCGCUCGGUAUGAUGAUCUUAUUUCAUGUAGAAGGACGUGUUGUCAGAUGUGUAAAAUAUCAAUUAAGUAUAAGUUGAAUAAAGUGUAUUAUAAAUUUUAAAUAGGAUUUGUGAGUAGUUGUAAAUAAUAAUAAAUAAAUAGAAUGCUCUUUCAGUGUCGCAAGUUGGUCCGUGCGGCCGACUGAGCGAUUCGUUUUACUAUCAUUCCUGUAAAAUAAGCAACAAAGUGACUGAUUAACAAUGGCGUCCCGGAAGUAAACGUUUCAAGUAUAUAUACGUGUAACAAAAUUCAAGGAUCAGCGGGCACCAGAAGGUGGGUCUGUUCAUAACUACUCAAGGAAAAAAGAUACCAAAUACUUUUUUAAAUUACAGCAAAAAUUUAAUCUUUCGAAAAUGAAUACCUCUUAGGACAUUUUUAACCUCAACGACCACAUUUUUUCAAAUAUUUCUAUUUCAAAUUCAAUUUAUUCAAUUUUUCUAUAACGGAAUCUUAAGUAGCACUUCUAUCUAUCACAACUUUUAUAAAUCCCCAAGUGCAUGUAAUUUCAAAAAUCAAACGAAAUUUAUUUUUUCCCUAGAAUGUUGAAAGAUUUUUACUUCCGUCUACUUUGUCUAGAAUAGUCUACAAUCUAGAUGAUACUAUGGCCAGUUUUUUUUAAAUCAACGCAACUAUCUAUGAUUCCAAAAUGGUACAAUAAUCUAGGGAAAUUAACCAACAAAAAAAGUUCACUAUUUCUAAACGAGAACCAAAUCACAAAUUGUUGUUGUUGACAGUAUAUGAACAAGCACAGCCUUAUAACACAGUAGUUCCCCGGACUGCGCGACCCGUGGAUGCAAUUAAAACUACUCUAGUGGAUUGAUAUCGCGUUUUUAUUGUCAUUAUAUUACUUCCCACGUUACAGUCCCCGGCACGUAACUUGGCAAGAGUCGUUAGAUGGGCACAAGUCGUUUUUUAGGUCUCUGGUCGUCAAGCGGGCCGCGGGAAAUGACGUAGUACCUACCGUUCCGAGCGUGCGAUUGGUGCGUCAGUCAACCCUUGCCUCUCGCACCGCGUCUACGUUCCGUUCGCUCCCGGUUACACUUGCGUGUACUAAAGUUGUAUCCUUUGUUUAUGUUGAGUUUUUGUUACGAGUUGUUAUUAUUGUUUUUAUUUUAAAUUUAGUUUUUGUUCCGAGUUUUAUUGUUUUAAAUUUGAUUGCAAUGCCAAGACCAAAUACCAUUUUACGCAGACAUGCCAGAAAAAUGGUUUAUGAUGUGUACUGUCGCAAUUAUGCGGAAAGGUAAAAAAAAUUGAGACUGACUACAGUCAAAGUGACUACAUAGUCGAUUCAGUCACUGAACGUUAUAUUAUUUACGCCAGUGACAACAGCGACUCUUCCAGCGACGAGACUUAUAUCGAGGAUGAGGAGCCAACUCCUUCCACCAGCUCAGGUGCUACCAUAAAUUUAAUGCAAGGAGUAGCACUAUUAGAAAAUGAUAUUGAC